UUCUCGUCCACACACUCAAAAAGGCAUACGAACCCACUUGCGUGGCCUUAUCACUCCAACAUGUUCGCCAUAUUCAUAGGUAGUGGUUGCCACUGAAACUGUGCCACACCAUAAUACCAUAACACUCCUUGGUUUUGCUUCUGUGUUCCCCACGUUACACGCGUUCGUUUCUCACUUUCCCUUCUCUUCACAGCCUUACUUCUUUCUCUCUCCAACAACACUCCAUUUUCCUUCUAUAGCAUGUCUCUAAGUCUAACCAUCAAGCUACACUUGGCUUCAUCUUCUUCCUCCCACCUCACCCACCACCACCAUGCAAAAAAGGUAACAACUUUCGAAACUUGUUGCUACAACGCCAAGAUUCGUCCCAAGCCCAUUUAUAGCACCAACCCUUUGAUCAUCCCCGCGUGUAGAGUUAGGCCAAGAGUGCAGUGUGGUGCCAUGGUCAAGAGUUCUCUGAUAGAGCCUGAUGGGGGGGCAUUGGUGGAUCUUGUGGUGCCUGAGAGUGUGAGGGGUGCUAAGAUCAUUGAGGCCGAGACGCUGCCCAAGGUGCAGCUCACAAGGAUUGAUCUUGAGUGGGUGCAUGUGGUGGGGGAAGGCUGGGCUAGUCCCUUGAGAGGGUUCAUGAGGGAGGAUGAGUAUCUUCAGAGUUUGCAUUUCAAUUCCCUUAGGGUCAAGGAUGGUUCUUUCGUGAACAUGUCCCUUCCCAUUGUGUUGGCCAUUGAUGACGAGACCAAAGGGAGAAUUGGGUCCUCUUCGCAUGUGGCGUUGCUGGGGCCUGAUGGAGAUUUUGUUGCAAUUCUUCGAAGUGUUGAAAUCUACAAGCAUAACAAGGAAGAGAGAAUAGCUAGAACUUGGGGAACCACUGCUCCUGGAUUACCUUAUGUUGAGGAGGUCAUCACUCGAGCUGGAAAUUGGCUUAUUGGAGGAGAUUUGGAAGUGCUGAAACCUAUCAAAUAUAAUGAUGGUCUUGAUGACUACAGGCUCUCUCCCAAACAACUCCGAGACGAAUUUGACAAGCGUGAAGCCGAUGCAGUUUUUGCCUUCCAGUUAAGAAACCCUGUGCACAAUGGCCAUGCCUUGUUAAUGAAUGAUACUCGCAAACGCCUUCUGGAAAUGGGCUACAAAAAUCCAAUUUUACUGCUUCAUCCUCUUGGAGGAUUCACAAAGGUUGAUGAUGUUCCCUUGGAUGUUAGGAUGGAGCAACAUAGUAAGGUCCUGGAAGAUGGAGUUCUUGAUCCCGAGACUACCAUAGUUGCCAUAUUUCCAUCGCCUAUGCAUUAUGCUGGUCCAACUGAAGUACAGUGGCAUGCCAAGGCACGCAUAAAUGCAGGUGCAAACUUCUAUAUUGUUGGUCGUGAUCCAGCAGGUAUGGGUCACCCAACUGAGAAAAGGGAUUUGUAUGACCCUGAUCAUGGAAAGAAGGUUCUUAGCAUGGCUCCUGGUUUGGAGAAGCUUAACAUUUUGCCAUUCAGGGUGGCAGCUUAUGACACAAAGGUUAAUAAGAUGGCAUUUUUUGACCCAACCCGUGCUAAAGAUUUCCUCUUUAUUUCUGGAACCAAGAUGCGGGCUUUUGCGAGAAGCGGGGAGAACCCACCAGAAGGUUUCAUGUGUCCAAGUGGGUGGAAUGUUCUUGUGAAGUACUAUGAGAGUUUGCAGGCAGAGGAGCCAUCUGAACAGCCUGUGCUAUCUACCUAGACAUAACUAGAAGUAGAAGUUUAGCAUGAAUUGAUUCCAAAGGGAGAGUGUUAAACACACAGUUCUGGGAGUGCCAAUUUUUGUGCCUGGUCUUCCAGCUUCAUGAUGAAGAUUUAAUCAAUGCGCAAGCAUAUUUGAAUUUUUUGUACUAUAUUGAAUCAUCUUUUUCUUUUGAAGUUACUAUGACUGAGGAAUUUGUUGUGGUGCAUCAAGCAUGAUUGCAGAUGUAGUCUUCUACUGUAGACUCCUGUAAGACCAGUUUAAUAAGAGUUAGGGAAAUUCACCACAGCCUUGGUGCUUAUGUCCAUCAUGGGAAACGGUUCAUAACUGUAAUUGUGGUCGCAACUUGAAGGAUUUUGAAGUUUGUGAUCAUCAUGAUCGUAA